CAACAGCUGCAGAGAUGUAACUAAAACCAACUGCAAAGAUUAUUUCCUGUCGCAGCAAGAUUAAAAAAUAAAAAACUUGACAAAACACAGCAAAGCUGAAGCAGAAGAUGAAGACGAAGAAGAGCUGCUGCUUAGGGCUAUGUCGAGACGAAUUGCUUUGUGCUAUAUACGAAAAAUCGAUACUUGAAGCCGCAGUCGCAGUCUCAGUCGCCGUCGCAGUCGACGUCAACGUCAGCGGUCAGCGUCAAACGAGACGCAAAACGCUUUUUAAAUGACGGCUAAAAAUAGACUAAAUAACAACAAGAACAACAACUAUUAGAGAGAACAACUAGCUAAACGUGACAACAAUGGUCGAUGCUAAGCCACCGCCCACUCGCACGCCCACACCGGGCACACCGCCGGCUGCAUUUGCCGGUGAAAGAUCGAAAAUUAAAUUAUUUAUGGAACGGACGCCGAGCAUCGGGGCACUGAAGUCUAAAUUUUUGACAGUGUUGGGCAACAGCAACGAGCUGCUCAAUGGCAUUUCAAAUAAGUUAACUUUGAGCAGCAGCAGCAGCGAUUCAGACUAUUGCGAUGAUGAAGAGGACUUGCCCAAAUUUGAUGAGACAAUUGAUUAUACGAAGAUCGAUUUCGAGGGACGUCGCGUUAAAGCGCGUCGUGCGCAUGAGGAAAUCAUCUCGAGCCGAUACAGACAGCCGAAUUUGGCGCCGCGGCCUCGCUUGGAGUACUCUCGCUCACGACAUGCCAACAACAAACAGCGCUCCAGUUCUCCUUCUUCUUCGAGCAGCGGCAGCAGCAGCGAUGACAGCAGCUCCGUUUCGCUACCAGAGCAAACGGCUGCGCGUUCACAUGAGGUGAGCAGCACGACGCAUUCGAAUUCCCUUGAAUUUGAGUCUCGUCACUCGGGUGGCUAUGAACGCCAUCGACCCAUAGCGGGCGCUCGUCGCAGCGAGCUGGACAUGCAAAAGGAUAUGCAGCGUAUAAGUGAGCUGUUAGAGGCUACUGCCACGGCCGCGACUCCACAAAUCGAUGUGCAGCCGCCCACGGAAUGCGGCACAGGCGGAGGCGCAGGCCUAAUCGCACGCCAACCCUGGGGCGAGGUCAGCUCCAUUCGUUUGCCUGCACGCAGCCGCACCUCGAACAGCAGCACAUUAACCAGUCUGCGAGAUGAGCCCGAUCAGCUGCAGGCCAGUCCGAGCAUGGAGUCCAGCGAUUGGCGCAACUUCAUACGGUCCGAAUCGCAGAACUCUGUUCCAUCAUGGGCCUCCUCUAUAAGUUUGGAUUGUCGUGCUGGCGAGGAGCCUGUCAAGGAGUUCAUGAAGCAUUUCACUCAGUUGCUCUUCAAUAACUCGGCAGCUGUUAAUCUGGAACUGAAGUCAGAGUUUGGCGUGCUCCUGCGCUUGGAGAUGGGCAGGCUGUGGUUCACUCGGUUUCUUAGCGAGCAGCGCAACAAAUCGAAACGAAUGGAAACGUUGACAUUCAAUGCACUUGCUCAAUAUUUCGCUUUGGCGUUGUUCGAAUGCGGCGAAUGCGAGGAUUAUGCGCCAGCAGCCGUGCUUAUGAAUCUCUGUUUCUUGUUCUAUCAUGAAGUUGAAGUUCCUGGCUGCGAUCCUUAUCGCGAGUAUUUGUUCAUAUCGCUGCGCCAGCAGCCACUUUGGCAGCAACCACGUUUCUGGAACGCCAUAUUCCACGAUUCCAUGCAGGCCGAGCGUGAACAUCGGCUUAGCGUGCAGUUGCGCCGGCAGCAACGCAAGCAGGCCAAACAGCAGCAGCGUCAAGAAGCAGAAGAUGCCACAGUUGUUGUGGAUGCUGCGGUUGCGGCAACGACAACGACAACGGCUACAGCAGUUACGCCUGCUCGCAAACAUGGAGCUGAUUCCUCCUCCAGCUCCUCGCAUCAGGUAGCGCCGGCUGCGGCAGUCAAACGCAAGUCCAGCAAAUGCAGCUUGGACCAGCCCCAAUCCGCCAAGGAGCAAGAGGAUAUUGCAUUUCGGCAAUUGAGUGCCUUUACGUGUAACAUGCACAGCCUGGGCACCAGUCAGGAUGUCUGCAUGGACUUUUUGAAGAAACAUGUUGUUGCGCUCAACCUAUCGAAGGACAAAACCAAGCUAAUCAGGGACAAUAUUUACCGAAUGUAUCAUGAGACGGAACUGUGGGGCGCUCAACAUACUUAACAAGUGUUUGCCUAACCCAAAACGAAAUCCCAACUUGUUUAAUACCCUAC